GCAAAAUACCGAACGCAAGGAAAGCAGCUGUGGGUUAUGGGAAAUAUAGAAAAAGAAGAUUUAUAACUUACGUUAUCUUAACCUAAAAUAAAAAAGUUACAGAUUCUCGAUUCUCGUGUUUUUGUGAGAUUUUCAUUGAAUAUUUAUUUAUUUAUCGAAAAUGGAAUCCUUAGACGUUGAUGAUCAAAAUGUAUCACGAAUAAUACAUUGCUGUAUGUGUGGCUUAGACAUUGAACCAAACCCAUCCAACAUGUGUGUGGGCUGUCUUCGCAACCAAGUAAAUAUCACGGAGGGCAUAGCCGAACAAGCCACACUAUACUUUUGUAGAGGAUGUGAAAGAUAUCUACAACCUCCUCAAGAAUGGAUCCACUGUGCCUUAGAAUCCAGGGAACUACUUUCAUUAUGCUUGAAAAAACUGAAGGGGUUAAACAGGCUUAAAUUAGUUGAUGCUGGGUUUGUUUGGACUGAACCACAUUCGAAAAGAAUCAAGGUAAAGUUGGUUGUUCAUGGAGAAGUAAUGGGAGCAGUUUUACAAAAGGAAUUUGUGGUUGUUUACACCAUAUCGCAUCAAAUGUGUGACGAAUGCCAUCGUACUGAAGCAAAAGAUUUUUGGAAAGCUUUGGUACAAGUCAGACAAAGAGCAGAAAAUAAAAAGACAUUUUAUUAUUUGGAACAGUUGAUACUGAAAUACAAAGCUCACGAGAACAGUUUGGGAAUUAAACCCAUACAUGGCGGUCUAGAUUUUUAUUAUGCAACCGAAGCCCAUGCCAAAAAAAUGGUAGAUUUUUUAUCAACUGUACUUCCUUGCAAAUAUCAGCAUUCCAAGAAGCUCAUUUCUCAGGAUAUUCAUAGCAAUGUGUAUAAUUAUAAAUUUACAUAUUGCGUUGAAAUAGUGCCCAUUUCCAAAGAUAGUGUGGUCUGUUUGCCUAAGAAAUUCACACAAUCUUUGGGUGGAAUAUCGCCGGUUUGUUUGGUUUAUCGAGUCACUAAUUCUUUGCAUCUGAUUGAUCCUUCUACUGGACAAAUUGCUGAGGUAAACAGCACCAACUAUUACCGCUCCCCAUUCAAUGCCAUUUGCAAUCCCAAGCAAUUAGUGGAAUUUAUUGUGAUGGACAUUGAACCAAUCAUGGACAAAGAUCGUAAAAUUUUCCCUGGCCAAGGAAGUAUAUCAAAUCGUCACGUAUUGGCUGACGUGUGGUUGGUUAAAGCAUCAGAAUUGGGCAUUAAUGACACAACCGUGCAUGCGAAAACACAUCUGGGGCAUGUCUUGAAGGUUGGUGAUUCAGUUUUGGGCUACAAUAUUCAAGAUAGUAAUAUAAAUGAUUCUAAUUUUGAUAAAUUGGAUAGUACGAAUAUUGCUGAUGUAAUAUUGGUUAGAAAAUACUUUGGCGAUAGGGCUGCUAAGAAAAGACAGAGAAUUUGGAAGCUUAAAAGAUUGGCCGAAGAAGAUACUGGGAGUAUUGAUGGAAAUGACUUUAAUGAAUUUAUGGAUGACCUGGAAGAAGACCCUGAGCUACGUAAAAACGUUAACAUUUUCAAGAAUAAAGCCACAACUAUUCCAGUGGAUUUGUAUGAUUCAAAUUAUGAUGCUAAUACCCCUCGUAUUACCUUAGAGGAAAUGUUAGACGAUUUGGAUGUGAAUGAUGUUGAAAUGGCAGAAUAAGUAUAAAACAUUGUUGAUGUGAAGUUAUAUAUUUCAAUAUUUACUGUUCAUUUUAAAUAAAUAUAUUAACAAUAAACACUUUCAGUGGUCUCCACUGCAGCUAUUAAGCAAACCAGCUUCUUUUUACAUUUUCUGUCACAACCAGCUUUAUUAUAUACAUCACUGUUCCUAUACAUGAGCUUAAAAUAUGUAUCGACUAGUGCAUUAUCAGAAUUAUUCAUGGUCAUUUGCCAAUAUAAUUUUUCAAGUGAUUUAUGGGUUAAAUCUGGUAACCCAUAAGUCUCUUUAAAUGAGUAGAGUUUGUACCAUUCUGGGUAGGACUUUGCGUUGGAGUUGGCUUGGGUAAGAUUGAAGGUGUAUUGACUGUAAUCUGUCACGGACUAGAACAAAAACAAGAAUUAACAUUCAUUGAAACCUAGUGAAUUCAGGAAAACUGUACCAUGUUAUUGUUAUCAACUUCGUAGAUUCUGUAAUCUGGAUUCGAUCCUACAAAAGUAGCAAAACUGGCACCAUUGUAAGCAACAUUUUUCACUUCAGUCAUAUCUGAGGCGUUGAAAUACAACUUGAAUUCGUCCAUGUGUGUGUGGCCGUUGAAUUGGGCUACUAUUGUAUCUGAAAAUCUACAGAGAUAAAGUUGGAGGGUGUACAGUUUUUUGAAUUAGGUUCGGAGUUAAAUAAGAACACCCAAAGUGAAUAUAUUUAUGAUUAAUAGGGCCAAUAGCUGGGCUGGAUAUUGGAUGUCGCCAUUUUCCCCUGCUAAAUAUCUGGAUCUAGGGCAACAACUCUCCAAUUUGACUUGUUCACUUUCAAGUUUGCAGUGGCACUAUCUUCCUAGUAGAGUUUUGGUCUUUCGCUGCACACUGUUUUUACUUUACCACUCAUUCUGGAAUAUUGCCUACCGACCUCAAGAUGUGUCUCUAAUGUGAGUAGAAAGAUUGCCGACCUCAAGAUGUGUCUCAAAUGUGAGUAGAAAAAUUAGCAUCUGGCACCAUAUGUAACAAGAUGACAAGAUUAGGUAGAAUUACAGUUCUGUGAAGAUGGAAUUCUGUUUUUCUCGUAAUGUUGAAACUAUUAAAUAAUGAAUGGGAGAAAGAGAAACCACCAAAGUACAAAGGCAUGAGUUUAAUUAACUGUAGCCUUUGUACCCGUUAAUUAGUGGGAUGUUCCAUAGACAUGGAUUUCCUCAUAUUAUGAACCUCUUAUGAGUACCUAGCUAAAAACAUCAUUAGGUACAUACCUUAAAACAAUUUUUCUAAAUUCUUUACUCCAAAUUUUUACGCACGAAUUAAUGUCGUCACUGGAAGGAACAUGCGACAAAAUAUGAACCUUUUCGCCAUUUUUUUCGGCUUGACUCAAAACAUUUACAAGCCACUGAAGUUGUCCAAAAGUAUCUAAAUUUUCAUAGAUCAACCAUCUGAAAUGAAAGUAACAAAGAAGUCUAAGAUUUAAGAAGAAAUUAGGUACUCACAAAUUUGAAAUGAAACAAACAUUACUAUUCAAAGCAACUAUUCUAAAGCCUGGUUUAACUAAGACAGUAUAGUAACCACCUUUUCUAAUUGUAGAUUGAGUAGCAUUUGGCAACCAUCUUGACCAUUCAUCUGCAGCUAGAUCCAAAAGCCAUUGCGUAGAUACAUUGGAAGUCUUAUCGACAGUAUCUGGGGAAUAACUAAAAGAACAUUUGAAUUAAAUAAUCUGUCAGUUGUAAAUGUAAAUGUAAAAUUUCGCUCUCAGUAAAGAUCUAAGAAUAGGAGUCAUUUACCUAUAUACUUACAAGUCAGCAGGAUGCGCUUCAUGAUUUCCUAAUAUAGGAAACACAGUUUUAUUGGGAAACGUUUUCUCCAAAAGUGUAAACAUCAAUUUUAUAGAUUCAGUAUUGCUUUGAACACUAGUAGCCCAACUUCUAUGACUAACUAUAUCGCCGGUAAAAUAGAUCCAAUCAAUAUGUUUCUAACAAAUGAAAUAUCAAUCGAUGAUUAUUUAAAAGUCACCAACAAACCCCUACAUGUUUCUCCCUAAUCCUCUCCAUCAUAUUCUCCAUCGUAUGCCAUGGCAUGUCGCACACUUUAUAGUCUCCCCAAUAUCCUGCAGCAUCUUCAGGAUUAGCAGGCACUCCAGAGUCACAGCAUAAAGGUUCUGAACACUUUGCGUUACUUCCUGGACUAUAAAGAGGAUCAAGAUGAACGUCCGUUAUUUGCAGGAUCUGGACUGAGUCAGUGUCA